AUGGGAUUCAAGGAUUGGGCGAUGUUUGAUGAAAUCCGUCGGAUGGAUAUUCGACAGAUCAUCUAUCAGGGAUUGAAUUUUGCUAUGGUGGUUUCUUCCGCUCUCAUGAUCUGGAAAGGCCUCAUGGUUGUUACUGGUUCUGAAAGCCCAGUCGUCGUUGUUUUGUCUGGGUCUAUGGAACCUGCUUUUUACCGUGGAGACUUACUUCUAUUAACUAACGAUUAUUCUGAUCCUAUUCGCGCUGGUGAUAUUACUGUUUUUAAAAUUGAUGGACGAGAUAUUCCUAUUGUUCACAGAGUUAUCAAGGUUCACGAGAAAGAUGCUUCUACAACGAAAUUCUUAACGAAAGGAGACAAUAAUCAGGUUGAUGAUCGAGGACUUUAUGCUCCAGGACAAUCUUGGCUCACCCGAACCGAUGUAGUAGGCAGAACGAAAGGAAUUCUCCCAUACGUAGGAAUGGUUACAAUCCUCAUGAACGAUUAUCCUAAGCUGAAAUACGCUAUCCUUGGAGUUCUGGCCUUGUUUGUCAUUUUGCAUAGGGAAAAGUAA